GGAGAAGGGGAGAGGAAGAGAGGAGGACUCGGAGGGGAGCGAGGAGGCCGCGGCGGGCUCAGGGGCACGUCGGCCGGGCCACCCCCGCGAGCCAGACGUCGCCAUUCCGCUGCUCGGGGCGCCGCCGCCGCCGCCACCGCGCCCGGGGGCCAUGCUCCCGCCGCCCCCGCGCCAGCCGCCGCCCCAGGCGCGGGCGGCCCGCGGCGCGGUGAGCCUGCAGCGGGCCUUUCUGCGCGGCCCGCUGGGCGUGCUGCGGCUGCUGCAGCUGCUGGCCGGCGCCGCCUUCUGGAUCACCAUCGCCACAAGCAGGUACCAGGGCCCGGUGCACUUCGCGCUCUUCGUGUCCGUGCUCUUCUGGCUGCUGACCCUGGGCCUCUACUUCCUCACGCUGCUGGGCAAGCACGAGCUGGUGCCCGUGCUGGGCUCGCGCUGGCUGGUGGUCAACGUGGCGCACGACCUGCUGGCGGCCGCGCUCUACGGCGCCGCGAUGGGCAUCAUGAUCAGCCAGACGCAGAGCCACAGCUACUGCAACCUCAAGGAUUACCAGAUGUCCUGCGCCUACCACGCCUUCCUGGCGGCCGCCGUCUGCGGCGGCCUCUGCCUCGGCCUCUACCUGCUCUCAGCGCUCUACGGCUGCUGCCGCCACUACCAGGGCGAGCAGGAGGUGGCGUGAGGUCGCUGCGCCGCGGGGCGGGGGACCCGUCCUUCCUGCCGCCGCCGCCCCGCGCCCGUGCGCCCCGGCUCCCUCCCCUCGCCCUGCGUUCCCGCCGCCGCCCGCGCCCCGGCGCCCGGAUCACAGUUCCCGUCCGACGGCUUCGCCGCAGGCCAGAGUCCGGACAGCUGCGCCGUCUCCUGGGACCAGGGCAGAGCCGCAUCCGAGGGGCGGACGCACUCUUUCAGUCGGGCCGCCCCGAGGCGAAGCCUCGCGUUUCCUCUUCCCCUUCCCGGCCGAGAGCGAGACGUGGACAGGCGCCGCGUAGAUCCGGGGGAGGCUCCCAAAUUGGAACCAGUCUACUGGCGGCGCCACUGCCCCCUCCCUCCCGCUCCGCGUUCGGAAGAGCACCCCCUUGCCCUGGCCCCUCUUCCAGCCCCGAGUGCUGAAAACGGCAGGCAUGACGCCGCGGGCGGAGCUGGGGACGGGCCUCCACUGGUCCUGGGAUGAGCGACGGGUGUGGUUUUAGUUUGGGAUUGUGCGGGCAUCCUGCGCAGUCCUUCCGGGCCAUCCCUCGGUGCUUUGAUGUCUUGAGCUGGGGCCCAUCUGCAAAGGUGAGGAUGGAUAGGGGGCUGUACCCUUGCACCUUUGGAGUCUUCUUUCUCCUCCUCCUGUUCCGCCUUUGUCCUCGCGGUUCGCGGAGGCCAGUUCCUAACGCCCACUAGCUUCCCUGGCCUCGCCUUCCCAGCCUUCCUCUCACAGGUUUCUGUUCCGUCCCCACCUCCCAAUAUCUUUUUUGCAUUAGGGAUACCAUACCAGCGUCAAGGAAUGUUAGGCGAACCCCACCCCCUUCUUUUUGCAGAUGGAGACUCAGAGCUUGCUCUUGCGAAGAGCCAGAAAAAGAUUAGAACCUGGUCUUUGGACUCCCAGUCUAGCGUUGUUUAAAGCAUUGGUUGUUCCCAGGAAUCCGGACUCUGGAGCUACCUUCUAAUAGAGGGUUUCAAGGCCCAAAGGGUUUGUCUAAGGUGCUUUCUCCCCUUCUUGAAGAUUCACAAUGCUCAUUAGCAUAUGAAAGGCUCUGAGAAGUCCUGCUCUAAAAGAAGCCCAAGUAACUUAGUUUACAGUGUUAACUGCCUCUGGACCUGGACCAGUUUUUUCCACCUAAGGUUCCAAGCAUCCGUGUGUCGUCCUGGCUCUCAUUUAUCACCAAGGGUCCCGACCCAUUGGCUGGGGUCUGUUUGAAGACAAGGGGCACUCCUUCUCUUUCCCAGGGAAUUUCUAUAGCAGAGGGAGGCCCCGCACCCCCUCCAUUAAAGAGAAGAUAGCCGGCCCUGCCAGACCAGCGAGAGCCUGGGGAAACUGUGGAUUGAACAUUCCUUUACAUUGUUUGGGGAAAUGAAGCCAAGGUUGUCCAGAUGGUUUCCUGGUUUCCCAGUCAAAAGGAACAUCACCUGUAAGAGAUGCUGGCAUUGACCAUAAGCAACUGGCAGGGGUGGGUCACACCAAACAGAGAAGAAAACUCGGGAUCUGGGAUGAACAGCUGGCCCAGCCUCGGUAAGAUCAUCACAUAAGCUGCAUCCUCAGCUCAGAGCCAGCCCUUUGAGGACCUCUUCUUAGCCCCAGCCCAUAGUGCUUUGUCUGUGGUUAGCUGACCUUACUCAGGAACAGACGUCUCCUUGGCCUUCAUGGUACCUAUACAGCCACAUGUGCCUGAAACAUUCCAGAGCUCAUUGGCUCGUCUAGAUGUGCCUUCCCACUUGGCCUCCUGCGGCUUCUCCAGAUGUGAGAAAGACAUGAAGACAGCUCCCACACCCAUCCUCUCCUUCUCCUCGGGGCCCUGUGCCAUGGGAAUGGCUACCUGAGCUGGCCAGGAACUUUUGGAUACUGGAGGCAGUCUCCUUGGCCUCCCUCUUUGGACUCCAGGACUCGAUCCAACCUGACACUGCUGUGGGCUGCCCCCAGCCCAAAAGUCUGGGACCACUUGUGGGCCCAGGAGAGGAUUUCUUCAGUAUUCUACAAAGGCCAAAGAGAGGGUAUGCGUGGGAGGGUGAGGGAGGGUAGGGAGAGGGGACCGAUGUGCCUCAUUCAGUAGUUUAGUGGUGAUUACUAAUAUGCUUUUCUGAAUAAAGUUUGUUUGUCUGA